AUGCGAACUCAUUCUCAAAAGCUUCGUGCUGCAGCUGUACACAUUGGUAUUAUUAGUGGUACAAUAACUUAUGUUUGCAUUGGUGCAAUUUUAUUUUUGUAUGUUGAACGACCGAUCGAAAUUAGAUCACGUCAAUAUCAUCUUAAAACUUAUGAAAAAAUUAAAUCUAAAUUUCUGCAUGCAGUGGUAGCGGAUAAUUUGACAGAAAAUGAUUUAUAUAUUAUAAGUGCUAAUUACAUUGAGGAAUUGUUUGAUUUCUACAAAGAUUCACAAGCAGCUCGAGUAUUUGAAGCAUAUUAUUUAAAUGAUAGAUUAAAGGAAGAUCAAUGGACUAUAGCUUCAUCUAUACUCUUUGCUGCUACUACUGUUAUUCCUGUUGGUUAUGGUUUUGUUACACCAAUUUCUAAGGUAGGACGAUUUAUUGUUAUUAUUUAUGCUCUUAUUGGUGCACCAUUGGUACUUGUUACAAUAAGUGAUAUUGGUAAAUUUAUUAGUUUUUAUUUCAUGCGCUUUCUUCCUGAGUCAGUAACAGGUUUAUGUUUUCUUGGAUUUCUGAUAAUUUAUUUAUUUAUUGGAGCUUUGCUAUUUUCAUUGUUUGCCCGAAUUACUUACCUUGAAGCGACAUACUUCUCCAUCACAUCCGUUUUUACAAUCGGUUACGGUGAUACAGAACCACCAGUUCCUGUGCCAUAUCUCAUUUUAUAUAUUAUAAUUGGUGUAAUACUAGUAACAAUAGCAGUAGAGGUAUUGGCUGCUGAAAUAAUUAAUCAUAUUCAUUAUAUGGGUCGUCAUGUUAGUAAGGCAAGAAAAAUCACUCGAAAAUUUUAUAAGAUGGCACGUGCAAUGGACGUACGUCGUGGUUUCAACAGUGGUUUAAUGCAAAUCGAAUCAUUUAUUCGUUUUGGUUUAAUAUUUGGAAUGAUGAAAACAGAUUCAAAUGACGAGCAAAACGUAUUGACACCUUGUAACAUUAAUUCAACUUUUGAGCCAACAAAUGAUGAUAUCAAAUUCGCUGAUGAUGACGUAUCAGAUAGACCUUUACACGUGGAUCGAGAAAGACGUCAAUUCAAAUGA